CCGGAAGCAGAGAGAUAUGUCCCUUUAAAGAUGGCGUCUGACAAAAGAUAUGUAUACGCGGGGACUGUGGUGUUUUUGUCAUAUUUUAUAAUUGGAUGCCACGCUAGACUGCACCAUCUGGUACUAAAGGAUGACAUCCGGCAGAAAGUACACCUUAACACCUUUGGGUUUUACAAAAAUGGUUACAUGACUGUGAGCCUGAACAGCCUCAUGAUAAAUGAGGUGAUAAUCGAAGACGUUGAUAGCAGCACGAUUGGAUUCAUUUUGGACAAAACUAACAGCAAUGGUUUUGCUUCAUACUUGGAUGAUGACUCUGGGUUUUGUGUCCUGAAGAAGACACCCAGUAGUGAUGCGGUGGUGUUGCUUCUGUUGGAUUUCAACGGGCCAGAAGUAACCAUAAAGACCUCAGCAGAGGAAGGUCUCUUUCCCCAAAUCAUACCUAUCUUGGCAGGAAGUGCAAAUACAGGACCAGAUGGGAAGCAGGAGAAAGAUGUGGACAAAACAGUUGAGUCUAAAGUCACAAAGGAGCCUCCUGUGGUUACGAUCAAAGAGCCCACAUAUCCUUUGGUGAAGAGAGGGGAUAGUUACUCAUUUAGGUUUUAUUUCAAUGUCACCACUGAUGACCAGCAAGGCUUGUACAACUUCUACUUCUACAACUGCUACAGCAGGAACGCUCAGACCAACCUGCUGAAGUUCAGCCUUGAUAUCAAUAUUGAGGAGAAGAACCCUAACAGCUUCCUGUCGGCAGGCGAGAUCCCUCUGCCUAAACUCUACAUCUUCAUGUCCAUGCUCUUCUUCAUCAUCGGGACACUCUGGGUCCACGUGCUCCACACCAGGAGUGCGGAUGUUUACAAAAUCCACUGGCUUAUGGCAGCUCUUCCGUUCACCAAAUCGCUCUCUUUGGUGUUCCAUGCAAUUGACUACUACUACAUCUCCAACCAGGGCUUCCCCAUUGAGGGAUGGGCUGUUGUCUACUACAUCACGCAUCUGUUAAAGGGCGCUCUCUUGUUCAUCACAAUAGCCUUGAUAGGGACUGGUUGGGCUUUUGUGAAGCACAUUCUCUCUGACAAAGAUAAGAAGAUCUUCAUGAUAGUUAUCCCUCUUCAGGUGUUGGCCAACGUAGCCUACAUUAUCAUCGAGUCAACAGAGGAGGGCAGCACUGAGUACGGUUUGUGGAUGGAGAUCCUCUUCCUAGUGGACCUGCUGUGCUGUGGGGCCAUCCUCUUCCCUGUCGUCUGGUCAAUCAGACAUCUUCAGGAGGCCUCAGCAACAGAUGGAAAAGCUGCUAUCAAUCUUGCCCAGCUGAAGCUGUUUAGACACUACUAUGUGAUGAUUGUGUGCUACAUUUAUUUCACGCGCAUAAUUGCCAUUCUCAUCAAAAUCAUCGUGCCCUUCCAGUGGAAAUGGCUGUACCAGCUGCUGGAUGAGUUGGCCACGCUGACCUUCUUCUUCCUGACGGGGCACAAGUUCAGGCCCGCCUCCUACAACCCCUACCUGCUCCUGUCUGUGGAGGAUGAGGAGGACCUGGAGAUGGAUGAUGUGAUAACUACAUCGACCGCUUUGGGAGAAGGAGUCAAGAAGGUGAAGAAGAUCUCCAACGGGCCGUCAGAAGAACAUGAGAGUGUGGCAUGAAGGGAGCUCUCAGCUAAUGUCUCUGGAGUCUUUCGCUUAAGAGGUCCAGAAGCAUCCUGAAGCUGCAUCGGAGACACUCCUGGAUCAGGGCUCUCUACCACCCCCCCCCUCCCCCCUCCCCACCCCCCAGACGUCUCAGUGGACUCCUCUACUUCCCUUGUCUUAAAACAGACCAGUCUAAUUCCAACGCUUCUGUACAGUUUAUCUUGUAAAGGGUGUGUACACUUUGGAGAUCUGGGUACUCAGCUCCUGGAUACACUAAUCUUCCGUUACAGUGGUCAUUAUAGUUACAACAGAUACGCUUUGGUGCUGCUCUUUGUCAUGUACAACUGAUGUUUUGUUGUUUUUAUUUUUGUUUUCUUUUUUUUUUGCCACCAUUUUUAUUUUGGCUAAUUGAUCUCAGUUAUGAGUAUGGCUAUACAUGCUCAGUGAGCUCUACCAUAUAUAAUGUAAUUAAGUGGAUUUUUUUUGGAGUUGAUUAUUUUUUACUUUUAAUCUGUGCUCUCAUAAGAGAGAGUAAGCGAGGAAAUGACUUGAGUGUCUUCAGCGAGCUGUUUGGAUGCAGGUGGGGUAUUGGCACAUAUGGGGUGACCCAGACUGUGCUGAUUUAUAAUGGGUCUCAUUAGGUGAUUUCAAAAGACCAUGUUUAAGUGGAACAUCUCACUCUUCAUGUGGAAGAGACUAAUGUUUCCUUAACGUUACACGCUUGUGAAUAUUAUUACACUGCUGUUUUUGAUGAGAAUAUUGAGCAUACUGUUUUGGGUCGUUCCUGUAUUCUAAUGGGUUACGGUUUGAAUUCCUUGAGAUAACAUUUACAGAUAAUCGAUAUGGGCCUCUGAUCAUUUGUAAUAUACCUAUGAUUUUUAACAGUAUUUCCAUGCAAAAGAAAGCAUUUCAAUUGCUUGAAAUAAUGCUGCCUAAUUUGAAGAUCUUAGAGUGGGGUUGUUAUUUAUUCAGUAUUAGCUACUGCAAUUGUUAAAUAGUUUAUGUUUUUUAUUUUGUUUUUUUGAAUAAGAGAACACUGAAUGUAUGGCAUGGCAAUAUGGCCAAAGCAUUACUCCUCGUUAGAGGACAGUUGAUGUUUUCUGCCGAGAUGGAGGUCUUGGACAUUUUGCACUGAAUUAUAGUAUUGUAAAAUAAGCUCAAAUAUAAGACAUGACCGUUCAAAUUUGCUAAAUAAAACUUUACAAAGGAAAUUAACUCUGUUUAGGUCAAAACACUGAUGCACAUUUUUUUUGUGUGUGUUUUCUUUUUGAAAAAUUGUAUAUACCACACAUCUUUUUUUUCCUCUCUCCCUCAUUUUGGGAGAUCAUGUGAAAUGUUGAAGAUUGGUCAUUUUGGGAACUGUGAUGAACACGUCUUUAAUGCAUAAAGUUGUUUUGAACUC